CAAAGAUGAUAAAAAAAAUCGCUCUCAUAACCCUCCCCUCUCCUCCCAGCUCCGAACCCACGCCCAUCGGUCUUCUUCUUUUUUCUUCCGCCUCCACCCGCGCUCUCCCUUCUUCCGCCCCUCCCUCUUUCUCCCUUCUUCCGUGCGCCGGGAUCCAAGCCACUGGGCGCCGAUGCGGCUAGAUGCCGCCGGGCGCCGGCCAGAUGUGGCUAGAUGUGGCCGGGCGUCAGCGUCUCAUCCCCGAGCGUCGGCGUGGCGAGAUCCGACAGACGAGGAAGGGCGAGAUCCAGCGGCCGCUGCAGCCACCUCGUCAGGCGGUUCACACAGGACAAGGCCGCUUUCUUCACGCAAUUCGUCAAGUCCAUCGUCAAGCUGAGCAAGGUGCCGAGGCCCGGCGGGAACGUCGGCGAGAUAGGGGAUGCCAGAUCCGGCCUCUCCAACACCGGAUCCGGCUCCUCCAAGGGCUAGCCGCCUCCUCCAAGGGCAAGUUAGGGGAUGCCAGAUCCAGGUCAGGGGAAACCGGAUCCGGCUCCUCCUCCAUCACCGAGCAGCCACCUCCAAGGGCUAGCCGCCUCCUCCAUCCCCAAGCGGCGGCUGCCACAGUGUCCACCUCCUCCUGUGGGCACUACGUGUCGAUGCCUCCACCGUCAUGCAUCAGAUGGGUACUGAUCCGCAUGAUGUGUUGCCACUGGAGAUUAAUCGCAGGGGUGGAUGACUGAUGUGUUGCCACUAAUUUGUUAGUUGGAGCCGCAUGAUGUGUCUUGUUUUUCGUGAAGGUGGUGCACUGGAAGUGUUUAGAGUUUCAUUGUCUUUGGUGAUGUUGCUAGAAAAUUGGAAUUUGAACAUUCUAGUUCUCAAAUAGUUUGCAUUAGUUUGUUUUUAUGUUCAUUGUAACAUCAACCUUGUAAGUUCUUGGAUCAGAAAUGUAGUCUAAAAUGUUUUGGAUUAUUCAGUGUGGAUAUGUAAA